AUGCUCCACAGAGACCGUCGACGCGAGAUAGCGGUCCUUGUACGUGUGUGCCUCGUCGAGCUCCUUCUUGAGCUCGCGGAUGGUGCCGUGCAGCUUGUCCUCGCUGCCCCGCAUGGUCUCCAGCUGCUUUGCCAUCCGCUCAUUCGCUCCCUUCGCAUUCUGCAGCUCCUGCACCGCCACGUUGUAUUUGCCGUUGAGAGUGGCAAAAUUCUCUUGGAACUCCGUGCACGCGGCAAGAAGCUCCGCGUACGACGUCAUCACUCUUCUCACACCACUGCCGACGCCGCCGCCGCCGCCACCACCACUGCAGGUACACCUAGAGACCUUUUGUUGUAG